AUGGCCGACGCAAUCACCGAAGGCACGGCCAAGCUGCUGCUUGACGAGGAGACCGGCGAGAUGGUGUCCAAGAACGAGCUCGCAAAGAGGACCAAGAAGAGGGCCAAGAAGGCUGCCACGGCCAAGGCAAAAGAGAACGCGCCGCCCAAGGACCCCGCCGCCGCCAAGCCCAAGCCCAAGGAGAAGGUCGACGAGCCUGCCCUCGACCCAGAGGCCAUGUUCAAGCAGGGCUUCCUGGCCGACGUCUACCAGGAGCGCCCUGUGAAGCCUGUCGUGACCCGAUUCCCUCCCGAGCCCAACGGCUUCCUGCACAUUGGCCAUGCCAAGGCCAUCGCCGUCAACUUUGGCUUCGCCAGACAUCACGGAGGCGAGUGCUACCUGCGGUACGACGACACGAACCCCGAGGCCGAGGAGGAGAAAUACUUUGUCGCGAUCGAGCAGAUGGUGCGCUGGCUAGGCUUCAGCCCUUACAAGAUCACCUACUCCAGUGACAACUUUCAGAAGCUGUACGACCUGGCGGAAAAGCUGAUCGAGCUGGAGAGAGCAUAUGUCUGCCACUGCAAUGACGAAGAGAUCAAGGCCCAGCGUGGAGGCGAGAACCACGGCCCACGGUUCCGAUGCGCACACGCCGACCAGAGCGUCGAGACCAAUCUGGCCGAGUUCAGGGGCAUGCGGGACGGCAAGUACAAGCCCCGGGAGGCCUUCUUGCGGAUGAAGAUGGACAUCACAGACGGGAACCCCCAGAUGUGGGACCUCGCAGCCUAUCGGGUGCUGGAAAAGCCCCAUCACCGAACUGGCGACGCGUGGAGGAUCUAUCCGACCUACGACUUCACCCACUGCCUAUGCGAUAGCUUCGAGGGAAUCACCCACUCUCUCUGCACCACCGAAUUCAUCCAGAGCCGGGUGAGCUACGAGUGGCUGAACAAGCAGCUGGUAGAACACCAGCCCAUGCAGCGCGAAUACGGACGCCUGAGCAUCACGGGCACCGUCUUGAGCAAGCGGAAGAUCAUGAAACUGGUCAACGAGGGGUUUGUUCGUGCCUGGGAUGACCCGCGCCUGUAUACGCUCAUUGCCAUCAAGCGACGUGGCGUCCCGCCUGGCGCCAUCCUCGAGUUUGUUAACGAGCUUGGUGUCACCACUGCACCGUCUAUCAUCCAGCUUAAGCGUUUUGACCAGACGAUCCGCCGAUACCUCGAGCGGACCGUUCCCCGGCUCAUGCUCGUUUUAGACCCUGUGCCCGUUGUCAUCGAAGAUGCCGAAGAGGUAGAGGUCGACAUCCCCUUCUCACCCAAGAUUCCCGCAAUGGGCUCUCACAAGCUCAAGUUCACCCGUACGGUCUACAUCGAUCGCUCCGAUUUCCGCGAGGUUGACAGCAAGGACUACUUCCGCCUGGCGCCCAAUAAGACCGUCGGCCUUCUCCAGGCCCCCUACCCGAUCAAGGCAGUCUCAUUUAACAAGGAUGAGGCCACUGGUAAGGUCACCGAGAUCCGCGCCGUGUUCGACAAGGAGACCAAGAAGCCCAAGACUUUCAUCCAGUGGGUACCGUCGGGUUCGCGCGCUGUCGAGGUUCGCAUCCACGACUCGCUCUUCAAGUCUGAGAAGCCGGACGAUGCAGAGGGCGGCUUCCUGAACGACAUUAACCCGAACAGUGAAACCAUCUACCCGAACGCUCUAAUCGAAUCUGGAUUUGACGAGGUCAAACGCAGGGCGCCGUGGCCCGAGGCCGCUGGUGAGAGUGAGUUGGGCAAGGGUGGCCCCGAAAGCGUACGCUUCCAGGGAAUGCGUGUGGCGUACUUUGCCAUGGACUCUGAUAGCACUGACGACAAGGUCGUGCUCAACAAGAUCGUGACGCUCAAGGAAGAUGCUGGCAAGAACUAG